AUGCGUCGGCACAAGGAAAAGGCCGACCGCCACCGCAGUGAGGCGCCUGUCUUCUCUCCAGGCGACCGGGUCUGGCUCUCCACCCUCCGCCUGCCCCUCCGCCUGCCCUGCAGGAAGUUGAGUCCGCGGCCAGUGGUGCCUGGUCCGCUCGCUGAGGCUGGACCCAGUGACGCCCUGCCUCCUCCUCUGGACAUCGAGGGAGGUCCGGCAUACUCGGUCCGUGAAGUCCUGGAUUCGAAGCGUCGGGCGGAGCGUCUCCAGAACCUCAUUGACUGGAAGGGGUACGGCCCAUGGAAGCGGUGCUGGGUUCCUGUGGUGGAUAUCCUGGACGCGUCGCUGACCAGGGAUUUUCACCGUCGGCACCUGACCGACCCGUACCGCGUCCCUGUGGUCGCCCCCGAAGCCGGUGUCGUCCCGCUGCUAGUGCAGCGCAAGUUACAGCAGAAGGCUCUGCAGCAACCUAAGCAGAAGAAAUCCAAGUCGGCUGAAUUUCUGAUGGGCGAAAUGGAGGAGAGUGCUGUGGUGGAAGGCAUUGAAAACCCUGUCUUCGAUGGAAGCUACAGCACAGAGCUUUCAGCUUCUCGGGCUUCAGCAGGGAGAGAAAUUCAACGUGACAGGCAAGAUAGCACCCUUGCAGCUCACCAACAAAAAAUGGAGCUGCGAGCCCCUGCCAAACCAAGAGGAAAUGAGCGUGCCCGAAAUUACUUUGACCCAGCGCUGGUGCAGGAAACCAACCCAAGGCGGUGCGGGAUGGCGGAGGUCGGCACAGAAGAUGAGCUGGAAUUAAAAAUAAUGAACCAAGAUGAAAAGGGCCUAUAUCAGAAAAUGGCUGAAAUGCUGGACGCUGACGACGACACCACCAUCAUAGAGUUACCAGGUAUGGCGCUAGCCCACAUGGAGGAGGCAGAGGUGUGGAAGGUGAGGGCCGGUGAUCCAACGCUGCGUGUCGGUGCCGGUGCUGCAGGCCGUGGGCGCUUCAUGGCGGCAGUGGAAGAAGGGGAAGAAGAGGUGAUCCCCCGCUACGCCCAGCAGCUGAGGGAGCGCGUGCUGCCUGACAUGAUCACGCUUGGCAGCCUUUCACUGGAACAGGUCAGAGCCACAAAGAGGAAUAUCUAUGUCAUCUCCUAUAUUCACCAGCACAUGAGCCAUGUCCAUUACACACUCCGCCUAAUGGACAACACUGGCGCAGAGAGCCAGUUGCUGAAGGCGCUGAGGGAGCGCAAAGGUGAAGUGAUCGCCAAAUACGGCGAGAUGACAGAAGCCUCCUCCGCAGCAGAAUCACCGUGGGCCAGGGAGCCGGGCCUCGGCUGGCAGGUGGAGUGGUCGCAGAGUCCCCAGCCCAUGGAGGUGCGUGUGCGCUGCCUACGGGCAGUCAGGGACAAGCUGCCCAGGGGCCUCUACAGCCUCAGUGUGGCUCUUCAGAGCCGUCUGGGAGGCCCCGCCCUCACCUGGUCCUGUCUGAAGGAGGAGCAGUGGGCUGGGACCACAGAGCCCGUGGAGCACGGGGGCCACUUCUACGACACAGAGCUGCACGUCAACCAGAGCCUGUUCACCAUCCUGCCUGCGUCGUGUGACAUGCUGCCCUCCAUGGUCCUGCUGUUCAGGCUGCUGGACCUGACAGGGGAGCGGAGCCAGGUCGGCACCACACUGGGCUGGGCCGCCUUCCCUGUCUGCCACGCCACCCUCACAACUGUCCAGGGGCGCUUCAAGACCCCCAUCCUCAGGGGGCUCCCGCACCCCCACCUCGACCAGUUCCGCAAGAUAGAAGGCCUUAUGUCAGCCGACCUGGACAACUGGCUGUGUAACCUGUACUUCCAGGUGAGGAAGCUCCCCAGUGGCAGCUCCAGAGGGGAUGAGGAGCACAGUGUCACCCUGCAGAUCCCUCCUCUCCUCGUCCCCCCUUCGCCCCCCCAGGCAGGCCCAAGCGACUCCAGCCCCAGCCGGGGGAGAGGCGGCGUCAAGCCGUGUCACCGGGGGUCCCCUCUCCACCUGUCUGCCUCACACUCCUCCUCUGCCUGCUCCUCCUCCACUCUGCCAGGGAAGAACUCCACAGUAGUGGUCCCUGAGAAAAUAGAGGAGAUGAGAGAUCCCUACACAGAGGAAGCAGAGACAUGGAUGCACUACAAGAAGAAGCCAAUCAACAAGAUAAAUAGCUCGAGCGCCCAUGUGAGAGGGAGCGCCGCACCUCCACCGCUUCUGCAGGGCCAGGCUGACAAACAGGAGACAGCAGCUCCGGCUGUAGCAUCAUCGGAGAAGAGGGAGAAUCUCUGGGCUAAGGAGAUGGAGGAGUAUACGUUCUCCCUACAGCCUGUGCUCUCCUACAGAGGGCUGGGCGGUGGCGGCACCGGCAGUGGUAGCAAUGGUGGGGCUGCUGAGCGUACACAUUUGGCUCUCCGCAUGAUCCCGUCAGAGCUGGGCCUGUCACCGCGGCGCUGGGGCUGGCGCUCCUCCUCAGCAGCAGCAGCAGCACAGCUCUGCCUCAUUAUGCCGCUCCUGGCUUUGAUCUGGUUUGCGAGGCUCUACCUGCAUUACUGCAGCCAGUGGCUCUUCCUCCAGGCCAUCGCAGUUCCUGUCAACAAAUUCCAGUUCCAUGCUCACACCGUGGAGCUGGUCUACCAGAAUUCCUUGCUUCAUACCCGCGAGGAGUUGGCUAUGGUCAUGGUGGGACCUCUGACCUUGAACGCCGUAACGUUGCUGCUGCUCCUGAUCAGAUGGGGCUGUCAGCUAGCGUUUGGCUCACUCCCCUCCUUCACGUCAAACUUUAUCAUGGCUUUGGGAGUGUGGACAGUGCUGGACCCGCUGGCGGUCUUUGUAGUGGAUGCCAUCCUGGGGCGUCUGUCCUACAGUGCAGAGUCUCCUGUUGCGGAUGCAGCCAAGCUCUACUGGCACUUCUACCGGACCGACCAAUCAGGGGCAGCUGGAGUGGUCAUCACCCUCUUCCUCUAUGCCAUCCUCUUCCUCCUCUCCACCACCAUCCUCUACCUCUACUUCCUCAGACUCCACAACGAGGGGCGCAUGCUGGACAUCUUCCAGCGUCUCAGCGUGACCGAGGGAUCCUUCUUUGUCCCCCGGGACCUGGAGGUGUCCAACCAGGAACUAGACUACAUCAUCCAGAAGGCCGAGCAGUGGAGGGGCUUCAACGGAGAAAGACGCAAGGUGUCAGUGUAUGACUACAUCUGGACAGAGGAGGGCCCCUUGGCGGGCUGUGCCCCCCCCAGGGGUGACCCUCGUGGGGCCGUGCCCGCUGCAGGGGGUGAGAGCAGUACCCACGUGUCUGUCUACACCCUCUACCUGAGCGGGCAGCGCCACCGUUACAGGCACUUCCUACGCCAGCCGGACGGUGCCAUCCUAGAGGUGAUUGGUGACAUGGACGGGGCAGAGCCUCCUCUCAGCACUAUGCCCCGCCCAGGUCAGAGGACACCAGAGGUGAACCAGGAAGACGAAGGCCCAAGCUCCACCCUCCAACUCAGGGAGAGGAAAAGGAGGAAGCCUGUUUGGCGUACUCAUCGCGUCGAGCCAGUAGGAGACAGUGGGCAUGGCUCGAGCUGCACUGCAAGGCCUUAG